AUGGCGCAGCACUACAGGAAGACAGGUGCCUCCUUUAGCGAAGCAUUGGGGGCUUCCCCCGGUGGGGCUGUUACAGCCGAUCGUCUCAUUCACGCGAUCGACGGCCUUAGGAAGGCUCAGGACGAGGAUAAGACUGGAUCAAAAGGUGUGGUCUCCGUCCUAAAGGAGCCGGACGUGUUCCUGGCACGGGGCUGUGGCGAGACCAAGGUCGAGCUCUGCCCGGGAGUGUGUGGCAAGGAGUUGUUCCACGGCAUCAAGCGAGCCGGCCACCACGCCAAGCAUAUGCUCCAGCUCAUUCGAUGGCCCGUGCUUAUCAACAACAGACUGGCUCUGGCAAUCGCGGGCCUUUGGUGGGGCGGCGAAGAGUCGUAUACUCUCCUGGCGUCAGACUAUGCCACUGCUAAGGCCGAGCAAGUGGAGGCUUGGACACCGCCGACAGAGCAUAAGCUCGAAUCCCGAGCCCGCGCCCCAGCGGCUUUCCUCACAUGGCUCAGAUAUGCGGAGAACGCCGUCAAGGUCUUCGGCUCCGCCUACGGCUUGGAGCAUGUGUCAGAGCGGAUGGCCUUCCUCUCCGCGCUCCGCGAAGCGAAUGAAGAGGACGAGAACGCGUUUCCGGUCGGGUAUUGCAUAAAGCUGUAUGAGGAGCUCAACGCAGUUUGGUGCGAGCAAAUCCGCGAGUCCCGCAGGAAGUUGCGCGCGAAAUUGUGCACGGAGAACCCGCGUCUGGAGGACCUCAAGCUUGUCGCCUUGUCUCCAGGACCCGAUGGGGCGCCCGCCUUCCAGUUCCCCCGCGCGUGGGAUCUUCAAGAUCCACAAGGGUACUACCAGCAAGUCAUCUUGCCUGGGCAGCAACGGGCGAUGACCAGGGUUUGGAACAGGCAACUGCACGAACAGAACAAGACCGCCGGCACUGCCUGGGUGUACUUUUGA